ACACAACGCAAAUUCCAACCCUAACUCUUGUCUCCGUUCUUAACGCCCAACGCCAGCGACCCUCGUCCCGUCAACAACCCCGUCAACUCCCAGGUCCCGCCUUUAAAACCUCAAGAUGACUCACGAGAGCGUUUGGUACAGCCGGCCCCGCAAGUACGGCAAGGGCUCCCGCGAAUGCCGUGUCUGCUCCCACCGCGCCGGUCUGAUCCGCAAGUACGGCAUGAACAUCUGCCGUCAGUGCUUCCGUGAGAAGUCCACUGACAUCGGUUUCACCAAGAUCCUUCCCGCCGCUCGUCUUCUGCCGUCCAACUUGGGAGGAAUCGUUCGACGCGAUCUGCGUCGGCUCAAUUCCGCCAUAUUAUCUAAUGAUUUCGAUCUUGAUCAAAUCAAACCACUUCUCAUAGCAUCUCUUGUAGACUCAUCAACAGAUGAACAGAUAUGGAAUCUUGUUGACGUUGCUGCAGCAGGAUCUGUAGCGAAAUCUACGCCGCCCCCUCGAGCGAUUGCCUCCUCCCUCCAACAAACCCCCUGGCUCCAAAAGACGAGCAGCUUCGCGAACUCCUCUAAAUACCGCCAAGAUGUUGACAGGAUCCUAAAAUCAGAGCUUGGGCCUCUUGGUCUUCAAACAGCAUCCGAUGCCGUAUUCAAAAGAUGUACGGAAGGUACUAAUGCUCUUUUUGCCGGUGGGUGGAAAGGUUGGCCAAAAGAUGCAAAUCAGGAUGAUGUCUUGAGUUGGUUUGCAGAUCUGAGCGAGAAGCUGGCAACUUUUUCAGCAGACUACAAUUCUGUGACGCACCUGCGAAGGCCACUGGCGCAGCCCAACAAGCCCAUCCAGGGUUCCACAGCAGAGCGCAAGCUAGAUAUCGGCUUUGUGAAGGACACUAGCGCUGGAAAGGACACCCGGUGUCAGUGGUCACAGAUCCUCGUGCCUGGAGAGCUAAAAAGUAAUCCGGCGGCUGACACCGCUUCUAAGGCAUGGCUUGACUUGGGGAGGUACGCUAGAGAAGUCCUUGCGGCCCAGCAUACCCGUCGAUUUGUCUUAGGUUUUACUAUAUGUGGAUCCUUUAUGAGGAUAUGGGCCUUUGACCGUCUCGGAGGAGUCGCAUCCGAACGAUUUGACAUUAACGAGGAUGGGCCCCAGUUUGUAUCCACUAUUCUCGGUUUCCUAUGGAUGAGCGAGGAGGAAUGUGGAUUUGACCCUACAAUUAUCACGAAAGACGGCCAGCGAUUUAUCGAGAUAGAGCAAAACAGUCAGACCGAGCGUCUCGUUCUCGAUACAUUGAUAAUACGGGCACCUUGUAUCGCAGGCCGAGCAACAACAUGCUGGAAAGCGCAUCGCGAAGCGGACCCUAGUGUUCCGCUUGUUGUUAAAGACUCUUGGCAAUACACAGAGCGCGACGAAGAAGGCGAGCUUCUUCAAGAAGCCACCGAACGAGGGGUUGUCAAUGUCGCACGGUAUUAUCAUCAUGCGACGGUUUGCCUCCGAGUCCGGGACAACGUCCGUGGCGGCUUGGAUAUCAGAACCGCGAGCAAUUAUCGGUCAGAGCGAUUGGCAGAGCGAUUGGCAGAACGAUUGGCGCUCUCGACUGGCAUAAGUGUGGCUGGUACUCCACGAAAGGGCCGGAGCAGCGGCAGGUCCGGUGCGAAGCGCUCUUCUAGUCAAACCGGCGCCUCUCUGCCACCUAAUAAGCGACCCUGUUCGGCAUCUCCUAGCAAAUCUAAUAACCCACUGCCAAAUCGAGUUCAUCGGCGUGUCGUCCUGCGCGACUAUGGUAAACCAAUCUACAAAGCAAGCACUCGCCCGGCCCUACUUGCCGCGCUAGAGGGUUGCAUUGCGGGACAUCAGUCUUUGCAACAGGCAGGAAUUCUUCACCGAGAUAUCCCAGUCAAUAAUAUCAUGAUCAACGAGAACAAAAAUAACCCUUCAUGGCCGUCAUUCUUAAUUGAUCUUGAUUUGGCUAUUAGAGAGCAGCGAGACGGUGUCUCGGGAGCAACUGGAAAGACCCGCACAAGGGCCUUCAUGGCAAUUGGCUCGCUUCUAGGCGAGCAACAUUCUUUUAUGCAUGAUCUUGAAUCAUUUUUCUAG